CUUUACUAAGAAUUUAAAGAUAAUUAAUUGGAAUAUGAGCAGGCUAAAGGCAGCUAUUGAUAAAACCAUCAAGAGCAAGACUCCAGUGGGAGUAAUUAAAGAAGGAAACCUCAACAUUGUUGUCAUGAAUAGUAAUGACAACAGACUAAACCCUACCUUCUGUGCACACCUUCAUGAAGCGAUGGACGAAGUUGAACAGCAGGAAGAUGUCAGAGGGCAAGUACUAGUCACAGUCUCUACUCACCCGAAGAUAUUUUCUAAUGGAGUUGAUAUUGAGAAACUUCACACAAAAGAUCAAGUACUAGAAACCCUAAGUGGACUCAAUAGAUUUUUACUUAGAAUGCUUAAAAGCCGAAUCCCAACCAUCGGCUGUGUUAAUGGCCAUGCUUUCGCUGGAGGAUGGUUCCUCGCAAUGGCGCAUCAUUAUAGAAUCAUGAACGCAGACAGAGGCUGGAUCUGUCUUAACGAAAUAGAUCUUAAUGUGCCAAUCCCAAAAGCCUUUAACGCUUUUGGAGUUCAAAAACUUGGAGAACAUAACUACUGAGAGGCUUCCUGCAUAGGCUAUAGAUAUGCAGCCCAAGAAGCUUUCCAAAAAGGUAUUGCUACUCAAAUCUAUCCAGACAAAGAUGUUUUGGCAAUGACUGAAGAUUUUGCUGACAGUCUGUCUGCUAAGAACCUAGACCCUGUUGCUUUCCAACUAAUGUCUGAGGACAUAUAUAAAACAGCAAUUGAAAACCUAGAGAAUCCUCAAAACAUUGAUUUGACAGCCGAAAAGAUCGCUGAAUACAAAUAAUAUCUUGUGAAUCCAUGCCCUCACUUUCAAA